CAGCACUAUUUUUUUUGCAGGAUGUGGUGGACGAUUACGGGAAAUUUUGGAAACAUUCUGCCAAUCGAUUGGUCCAAAUCGUAUGCCAGGAAAUUACAGAUCGAUUCCCUACAUUUAGAACAGCAACCACAAACACCUGAAGACGACCUAGACCUCUCCUCUGAAGACGAGGCUGUAGCCAACGAUUUGGACAUGCACGCCCUUAUUUUGGGUGGUAUUCAACAGGAAGCAGAACCCUUAAAAACAGCAGAUGAAGUUAUUCAAGAAAUUGAUGACAUGAUGCAAGAAGAAGAAUAUUCUAUGGACGAGAGUCCUAGGGAUUCGUUUGAGAACAGCGAAGUAAUGGAAAAAGCUAAAGAAGUUUUGGCAUCUCCUUUAUAUGAAGACAAAUUGAAGGAUCUGAGUCUAUCUCAACUAAAUGAACUCUUCCUUGAAUUAGAAGUACUGAUCAGAGAGUUCUCAGAAACUCUUAUUACGGAACUGGCACUCAGAGACGAGCUUGAGUAUGAGAAAGAACUCAAAAACACUUUCAUUUCGCUGUUGUUGGCCGUCCAGAACAAGAGAAGGCAGUACCACGUUGAAAGGAAAAGAAGUUCGAAAAGUAAUUCAGUUAAAACGCCCAGUGGACUGGACCCAAAGUAUUUGACCACUGUCAUUCCUUACCAUAUAGAUAAUGGUACACCAGAUAAUCAAACUUUACAAGUUCUAAUAAAAAUUCUAAAAGCUAUUAAUGAAGAUAGUCCCACUGUACCCACCUUGCUUACAGAUUAUAUAUUAAAAGUUAUAUGCCCAACGUAAACCAAUACCUAGGAUAGAAUAAACUCGCACAAGAGUGGUUUUUUUGACAGAUCUAG